CCGACUGAGAGAACACUUCAACUGUUGCAGUGCUGGUGAAUCACUUUUUCCAUGAAGAUAUUGGUUUACAUGGAAUAUUCAAUAAAGGGGCAGCUGUGGAUUAUGAGCAGGUCUUUUAAAAACUUUUAGUGUUCUUUACAAUAAGAGGGUAGGCUAUAUUAACAACACGUUUAAGAGAUUCUAAAUAGUAGGCUAGGCAAUGCCUGAUGAACAUAACAUCCAUGUUUUAUAGUUUGGAUAACCACAUUGGAUACUUAAAAAAUAAAUUAACUUUUGGGAAAUUAUAACCAAUUUAAUGACUCGUAAUGAAUGAAAGCUAGGGCUUGUAUGGAUUUCCGUCUCUCUUGAAAAACAUGUAUUCUUGCCGCGGACUGGAUUUACUGAACGUUAUUGAUCUUCUGGAAUUGUCCGUUCCGUGGAGGAAUGUCAGCGGGACCGUGCUGUAGACUGGAGUUGAACCGUACUUUGGGGACGCUCUCAUGGAGCUUCAGGUGGUGUGUGGAUUGUUAUACUGCUUUCUGCUGCCGACGGUCUUGUUAGCAGCCUGCCUGUUUCGCUACAAUGCCCUGUCCCUGGUCUACCUGCUCUACCUCCUAUUACUGCCCUGGUUCCUCUGGCCCAACAAACACACACUCAGAGGGCAUACGGGUCGUUUCAUCAAGGCUCUGUUCAGCACCAGUCUCCUGUUCCUACUGGCUCAUGUGUCUUUCCAAAUAUGUCUCUAUACCUUGCCUGCCCUGGAUCUGGCCCUUGGACACAACUGCAGCUCUUGGGAAACUUUCUCCAGACAUGUGGGUGUAUCCAGACUGCCGCUGGAUGACAUCUGGAGUGUGCUGCGGCUGUUGACCCCUGACCUGGCUGUGUUCUUGGUCUCCCUGGUGACCAUGGUGGUGUGCGGACAGCUGGUGAAGAGAAAGGAGGUGCUUGUUGUCACACCCCCAGCUUCAGCCUCGCUACUGGAACUAGAGCAUGGCAGUGAGGAGGAGCAUGAUAAGGAGGAGGAAGAGGAGGGGGAUGAAGAGGGAGACGAAGAGGGAGACAAGGAAGGCCGGUCAUCUCCCAGCGACCCAGAGGAGGAGAUCUCCACAGCUAUGCGAGCCAAGCAGCUGGCAGAACGCCUACAAGCCACGGCCCGGAAAGUUCUCCGCGACCUGGGGCGGAUCUUGGCCAUCAUUCUGCUGGCCCUGGCUGGCAUCACCCUGCCCUCGGCCUUCUCAGCCAUGUACUUCCUGCUCUUCAUCAGCGUGUGCACCUGGUGGGCGUGCCACCUUCCCAUCAGCCACCUGGGCUUCAACGCGUUGUGUGUGAUGGUGGGCUUCUUCACGGGGGGGCACCUGGUGUGUCUGUACUUCUACCAGAGUCUCUUCACCCAGGGGCUCUUCCCCCCACACAGCCUCUGGGCCAGGCUAUUUGGCCUAAAGGAUAUAAUCAAACCUGGGAACUGCUCCUCUUCCCCCCAUGAGUUCAUUCUCAACACAGAACAUGACUGGCCCGUGUAUGUGAACCCCGGUAUCUUGCUCCUCCUCUACAUCACAGUGGCAAUAGUUCUGAAGAUGGGAGGCCAUGCCUCACCUGAGAAGGGGGAUGAAGGGAAGCCGUUUGUGAAGGGGGUAGAGUCUGGGGUAGGAGAGGAGGUGGAGCUACGGCCCUGGUCCACACAAAGACAGAACAGCAAGGACGACACCCAGCACAUGCUUCUACCUGUGGGAGAAUCUGACACCUCUAGGGCUGAAGUGACCAAUGAGUCCAGUCAUCCAGAUUUAGCCCCAGAGCUCACUGGUGCCUCUAAUGGCCAACAGGGGGACAAUCCCUUCUACCUGCUGGGCAGAGUGGUCAUGCAGCAGAGCUAUGUGUGUGCCCUCAUUGCCAUGAUGGUGUGGAGCAUCACCUAUCACAGCUGGCUGACCUUCGUGCUGCUGCUGUGGGCUUGUCUCAUCUGGAUGUUACGCGCCCGACGCCACUUUGCCACUCUGUGUUCCCCGUUCAUCCUCCUGUAUGGCCUGGCUCUGUGCUGCCUGCAGUAUGUCUGGGCCAUCGACCUAGAGCCAGAGCUGCCUACUAGCCUGGGCCACAUGAGCCUCCGCCAGCUGGGGCUGGACCGGGCCCAGUACCCCUGUCUCCGCCUGGGGGCACUGCUGCUGUUCACUCUGACCUUCUGGCUUCUUUUGCGCCAGUCAGUGAAAGACAGCUUUAGCAGGACCAAUACUGCCCCCCUACAGGAGGUCACCACAGGAGUAGAGCAGAGUGGAAGGAACGAGUCCGUUCUGAAUGUCCUGGGCGCCAAGGUGAUGAGCUGCUACGCCAAGUACUGGAUCUAUGUGUGCGGAGGCAUGUUCAUCAUGGUUAGCUUCGCUGGCAAGCUGGUGGGAUACAAGAUCAUCUACAUGCUGCUCUUCCUGCUCUGCCUAUGUCUCUACCAGGUGUAUUACUCUCUCUGGCGCCGUCUGCUGAAGGUGUUCUGGUGGCUAGUGGUGGCUUACACCAUGCUGGUCCUCAUCACCAUCUACACCUUCCAGUUCGAAGACUUCCCCGACUACUGGAAGAACUUCACUGGCUUCACCGAGGAGCAGCUGGCUGACAUUGGUCUGGAGACAUUUAAGCUGUCUGAACUGUUCACCAGCAUUGUGAUCCCUGGCUUCUUCCUACUGGCCUGCAUCCUACAGCUUCACUAUUUCCACAAGCCCUUCAUGAAGCUCACUGACCUGGAGCACGUCACCCCCGUACAUAGAAAGAAGAGUGGCCACAAGUCUGAGGUCCGGGUGGGCUUUGAGGAGGAAGACCUGGGGACGGACUUGGGAGAUGAUGAAUCUGAGGAUGAAGACAUAAUGCCCAGUAAAUGGGGUCUGGUGAUGGAUCGCCUGCUGGUCUUGUCCAGAAAGUUCUCAGAGAUCCUGUCCCAAGUCCAAGUGUUCAUUUGGAGGGUCCUGGAACUACACAUACUCAAGAUGGUGGCUUUCUUCACCAUCUGGGUGGCUUUGGGAGAGACGUCAGUGAUGAACUUGGUACUUGUAGUUUUCUGGGCCUUUGCCAUGCCCUAUGACCGUUUCCGCCACAUGGCGUCCUGUCUGUCCACUGUCUGGGUCUGCAUCAUCAUUGUCUGCAAGAUGCUCUACCAGCUCAGCAUCGUCAACCCCAUUGAGUACUCCAACAAUUGUACUGUGCCCCAGGCCAAUGAGACCAACCUGAAUGAGGAGGAGAUGGUGAACUCAACUUUGUAUAGGGAGCCAGUGGACCCAGCUAAUUGGUUUGGCUUCAGGAAGGAUGCAACAGUGCUGGGGUACAGUAAGAAUCACUUGUUAGUGCUGAUGUUGUUGGUGUUUGAAGCCAUGGUCUACCGUCACCAGGCCCACCACUACCGCCAGCUACAGCGCUCGCCGCCAAAGAUCCUGACCAUCUUCCCCCAGGCCACCAGAGACACCCUGGACCAUGGCCUGCUGCCCUGCCUCAAGUACCUGCUCAACUACAGCUUUUACAAGUUUGGACUUGAGAUCUGCUUCCUGAUGACGGUGAAUGUGAUUGGGCAGCGAAUGAACUUCCUUGUGAUUAUCCACGGUUGCUGGCUGGUUGCGAUCAUGGUGCGACGGCGGCGGGCAGCAAUAGCUCAGAUCUGGCCCAAGUACUGCCUCUUCCUGUCCAUCUUCAUGAUCUACCAGUAUGUUCUGUGCGUGGGCAUCCCGCCUGCACUCUGCAUAGACUACCCAUGGCGUUGGAACAGCCAAGUCAUGGUCAACUCAGCCCUCAUCAAGUGGAUUUUCCUCCCGGACUUCUACACCAUCCCCAACUCUAAAAACCUCAUAGCGGACUUUGCCCUGUUGAUGUGUGCAUCGCAGCAGUGGAAGGUUUUUGAGAAUGAGAAGAAGGAGGAAUGGAUGGUCCUGGCUGGUGAGAACACAGACAACCCCAAUCCCAUGGAUGGACGGCCUUUCAACCCUGCACCUAACUUCAUCAACUGCAGGUGCUACCUGGACAUGGCCAAGGUCCUGGUGUUCCGCCAUCUCUUCUGGUUUGUGCUGUCUGUGGUGUUUGUUACAGGGGCCACCAGGAUCAGUGUGUUUGGCCUGGGCUACCUGAUGGCUUGCUUCUUCUUCCUGCUCUUUGGCACCAAGCUUCUCAUCAAACCAUCCCGCACACGCCUGGUCCUCUGGGACUGCCUCAUCAUCUACAACGUGGCUGUCAUCGUCUCCAAGAACAUGCUGUCUAUCCUGGCAUGUGUUUUUGUGGUGGAAAUGCAAAAGGGCUUCUGCUGGGUGAUCCAGCUCUUUAGCCUGGUCUGCACUGUCAAGGGAUACUACGAUCCUAAGUCGGUCAGCGACAAGACAUGUACUCUGCCGGUGGAAGAGGCGGGCAUCAUUUGGGACAGCAUCUGUUUCCUGUUCCUGCUUCUCCAGAGAAGGGUCUUCCUCAGUUUUUACUUCCUCCAUGUGACUGCCGACUUGCAGGCCUCAGCCCAGCAAGCCUCCCGGGGGUUUGAAUUGUUUAGAGCCAGCAUGAUCAAAAACAUGAAGUUCCACCAACAGAUUGAGAAAAAGUCCCUUUCACAGCUGAAGAGAUCAAUGGAACGGAUUCGCUCCAAACAGCAAAAGUACAAAGAUGGCCGCCGAGUGUCAGCCAUCCAGGAGGAACAGUCAGGCGAGCCCCAGAAGGAGAAGAAGAGAUCGAAACAGACAAAGAAAUGGCACCGGCCCUGGCUGGACCACGCUACAGUGUUGCAUUCUGGGGAGUACUACCUGUUUGAGUCGGACAGCGAGGAGGAAGAGGAGCUCCAGUCAGAGGACCAGAAGCCUCAGAAACAGACGGCCUGUCAGCUGGCCUACCAAGCGUGGGUGACCAGUGUGAAGUCGGCACUGAAGGACCGACAGCAGAGACAGAGGGAGCUGAAGAGGAGAGAGAGAGAGGGGAGACUGGCCAUGCGGCAGGCUGGAUCACCUUUAGGCGGAGGGGACAAUGAGGUGUUUGAGGAAGGUGUUUUACAUGAAGACCUAGAAGUCAACGAGGAGCAGGAACCUGAGGAAUCCGGAAGGGGGGACAUGGUACAGCGACUGCUGGAUGUUCUGAGGUUUCUGCUGGCGGUGGUUCUGGCCAUGGUGGAUGGGAUGACCCAGUGGCUCAACCUGCUGACCAAGCAGUACGUAGAUACCUCCACCGUGCUUUGCAACGAACGGUACCUGCUCAUCCACAAGAUCAGCCAGUGUCCUGUGAGAGAGCCUGUGGAUGAUCAGCUGUCCCAAGGCAGCGAGAGCCCCACCCUGGAUACCUGUCUGGACGACGGAGACACUGACAACAUUAUCUACACCAGCACAACCUGUGGGUAUGAGCUGGAGUUUCCUGGCGAGCCUGGCGAACUGGGCCGAACCACUCCUUACAGCGGCACCACGCUGGGUUCUGAACCCACCACCAUGGAGCUAGACCAGGAACCUCAGAACCGCAGUCGCUACCGACACUCUAGAACUGCCUCAGAGCUACUCUCUGACAGGGCCUUCUUCAUCGAAGAGCUGGAACAGAGCAGGGAUUUCUACUCCUCUCAGAACCGCCUCCUCAAGCUGCUCUUUGCUCUCUACAACCUGCUGGCCGGAAACUCUGAGCUGGUCUGUUACUUCAUCAUUGUCCUUAACAAUGUGGUGACGGCUUCAGUUAUCUCCCUGGUGCUGCCCAUCCUGGUGUUCCUCUGGGCCAUGCUGGCUGUUCCCCGGCCCAGCAAGAAGUUCUGGAUGACAGCCAUUGUGUAUACGGAGGUGAUGGUGGUGGUGAAGUACUUGUUCCAGUUCGGCUUCUUCCCCUGGAACAGUGUGUAUGAGAUGACCCUGAACGAGGACAAGCCCUUCUUCCCUCCCCGCAUCCUGGGCCUGGAGAAGACGGACAACUACAUCAGAUAUGACCUUCUGCAGCUGCUGGCUCUCUUCUUCCACAGGUCACUGCUGCAGCGCUAUGGCCUAUGGGACCAUGAGGGUCCCUUGGAGGACAAGAGCAAUAAUGAGGGAGAACAGGCGAAGAGCAGUAGGAAGGAGGGAGAGAGAGAGGAGGUCUGUCCCAUCUCUGGACCUAGCCUCACUGACAUUGAGGCAAAACAGCUUGACCAGACCCAGAGAAAUGACUCAGACCCAGGACCCGAGCCCGAGCCCGGCACCAGCUCUGUCCCCACCCAGGAGCCACCUGCCCCUCCCAGUCCCAGCCAGUCUGAGCAGGGCCCUCGGAAGAGGAGCAGUUUAAUGCGCUUCCACAAGAAGAGACAACCAAGCAAAGAUUCCACAGACAGUAAGGAUUCAAAGAAAAAACAGAAGUCUAAACGCAAAGAGGCAGCCAGUAAAAGACUGAAGGCCAUAGGAGAAAAGAUCAGACACUUCCUCAUUACUGGCGCUCGCAGUGUGUAUAAGCCAGUUCAGGGCUUCUUCUCUGACAUCCUGCAUGCAGAGUACCAAGCUGCUACUGACGUCUACGCUCUCAUGUUCCUCACCGAUGUCAUCGACUUCAUCAUCAUCGUCUUCGGCUUCUGGGCCUUUGGGAAACACUCGGCAGCAGCAGACAUCGCUUCCACCCUGUCUGAGGACCAGGUUCCUGAAGCCUUCCUGGUAAUGCUGUUGAUCCAGUUCAGCACCAUGAUCAUUGAUCGAGCUCUCUAUCUGAGGAAGACCGUCUUGGGGAAGCUGAUCUUCCAGAUCUUCCUGGUGUUGGGCAUCCACCUCUGGAUGUUCUUCAUCCUCCCUGCAGUCACUGAGAGGAUGUUUAGUCAAAACUCGGUGGCCCAGCUCUGGUACUUUGUCAAGUGUAUUUACUUUGGCCUCUCAGCCUAUCAGAUCCGCUGUGGGUACCCCACCUGUAUCUUAGGCAACUUCCUUACCAAGAAGUACAAUCACCUCAACCUCUUCCUCUUCCAAGGAUUCCGGUUGGUUCCAUUUUUGGUGGAGUUGCGUGCUGUGAUGGACUGGGUCUGGACCGAUACCACUCUGUCCCUCUCCAACUGGAUGUGUGUGGAGGACAUUUAUGCUAACAUCUUCAUCAUUAAGUGCAGCCGAGAGACAGAGAAGAAAUACCCCCAGCCUAAAGGCCAGAAGAAGAAGAAGAUUGUCAAGUAUGGGAUGGGCGGGCUCAUCAUUUUCUUCCUCAUUUGCAUCAUCUGGUUUCCGCUCCUCUUCAUCUCAUUAGUCAGAUCAGUUGUGGGCGUGGUUAACCAUCCUGUGGACGUUACAGUCACUGUCAAACUGGGAGGGUAUGAGCCUUUGUUCACCAUGAGUGUCCAACAGCAGUCCAUCCAGCCCUUCACAGAGAAGAAUUACGACACCCUCACCACUGUUUUUGGAGACAACGCUGUGGCUAUGCAGUUCAUCACCCUAUACAGCUAUGAGGACAUAGUAACAGCCAAGAUUGAGGGCAGCUCAGGUUCUGUGUGGAGGAUCAGCCCGCCCAGCAGACAGGAGGUCAUCAAGGAGCUGCUGGCCAGCCCUGUAGACAUGACCUUGAGGCUGGCCUGGACCUUCCAAAGGGACUUGGGCAAAGGUGGCACAGUGGAGCACACUUUUGAUAAACACUCCAUUGACUUUACGCCUGGCAACCCAGUCAGAGCAGACCUGGCCUCUCUGCUUGUAGGGAACCGCACAGACCCAGUACGUGUGCCUCACAUGUUCCCCAACUACAUCCGAGCCCCCAACGGAGCUGAAGCCAAGCCUGUUAGCCAGCUGUAUGAGGCUGACGAGGAGAGCUUCCAGGACGUGACACUGUCUCUGAAGAGCGACCGGUCCCUGAACGGCAGUGGGAAUCAGGAGUGGUGGGACAUCAGCAUUGCUGACUGCCUCCCCACCUCAGAUAACUGUGGUGUCCUGCCUAUGAUCAUCUUCAAUGACAAAGUCAGCCCACCUAGUCUGGGCUUCCUUGCAGGAUAUGGAAUCAUGGGUCUGUACGUAUCAGUGGUGCUGGUGAUUGGGAAGUUUGUGCGUGGGUUCUUCAGUGAAAUCUCACACUCGAUCAUGUUUGAGGAGCUGCCCUGCGUGGACCGCAUCCUGAAGCUCUGCACAGACAUCUUCCUGGUCCGGGAGACUGGAGAGCUGGAGCUGGAGGAGGAGCUCUACUCCAAACUCAUCUUCCUCUACCGCUCACCAGAGACCAUGAUCAAAUGGACAAGAGACAACCAAAGAGACCGGGACCGACACUAGCCCUCUGUUUGGCUGCUAGGAAGCUGAGCCAGUGCACCUCUAUCUGGGGCUCGGUCUUCCACAGCACUGGACCUCCCUGUAGAACUGACAGUUGCGCAAACCGACAGCUGUCUUUUCUGGCUCUGGUAACCCCACUGUGAGCUACCUCCUCUCUUGGUGGCCAAGUGCAAAUGUAGGGGUGUUAAGGUCAUAGUAAUACAGUUUUGAUACUGUUUAACUGUCUGUUGGGCCUCCGUACAGUCUGUUAUGGCUGACUUGUAGACAGUUGACUUUAAAUGCAAUGGCUAUGUUGUCUGAACCAUGCCUUCUAGAAAAUGAAAUUAGUUAGAAACAUUACCUUCUGCUAUUGAACUGGACUGUGUCCACCAGCAUUGAGUCAAACACAAUUCCCUCUGAAGAAAUCCUACUGCUCACACUCUGUGAACCAAGAUCCCAAUGUGUUGGAUAUCAACAGGUCUGACUAAAGAUGACAGAUGCUUAAAAUAGACUAAAAGCACCAAGCAGUGUCUAACGCUAUAUUAUAGUACAUAUUCAGCUAGAGCUUUACGUUUUACUGAAAAUUGUUUACAAAUUGAAUUGCAAAUGAGGAGGGCUUAAGACUGACACGACUUGAAAACACUUUUGUGGAGUUAGUUGAAUUUACAUUUCUGUUAUGUUAAGUACAGGAACUGUUCGGCUAAGAGCUGGAUUCAUACUGAAUGUCUUACAAUUAUGACAAUCCCUACCACACCUAUAUACUGGAAUACCUUCAUGUAAUAUCUUCAAGUAUAGGUUGAAUAUAUGAAAUGGAGUGACCAUCAUAGAUUCAACCUAGAUUCAAGUCAGGAAAACACUGCUAGAAUGUAUUGUACAAUUGUGACACUAUACUAUUCUUAAAGACUGUUGUCAUUG